CUUCUCCUCAUCCUCCCCCAGUCCUCUUUCCUCUCCCUUGACCACUGUCCCCACGCAACCCAGCGGAAGCUUCUGUGGAGCAGAGAAAUAAGGGGUUGCAUUGCACCUUGACCUCGCAUUGCAUUGCAUCUUGCACUUGACGGGGUCGAUGGGGGCGUCGAGCAAGUGGAUCAAGUCGCUGGUGGCCCUCAAGGCGCCGGACAAGGCGGCGGGGCACAAGGGCGGGCGCAAGUGGCCGCGGCUGUGGCGGAGCGCGUCGUCCGCCGCGUCCAGGGCCAGCGCCGGCGACGGUGGCGCGCCGGCGUCGGAGGCGUCCUCCGCGUCGGGCGACUCGUUCAACUCGGUGCUCGCGGCCGUCGUCCGCGCGGCGCCCAGGGACUUCCGGCUCAUCAGGCAGGAGUGGGCCGCCGUCCGCAUCCAGACCGCCUUCCGCGCAUUCUUGGCGAGGCCGGCGUUGAAGGCGCUGAGGGGCAUCGUGCGGUUGCAGGCCCUGGUGCGCGGCCGGCUCGUGAGGAAGCAGCUGGGCGUCACGCUCAAGUGCAUGCACGCGCUCCUGCGGGUGCAGGAACGCGCAAGGGAGCAGCGGGCGCGCUCCACCGCUGCCGGCCUCGGUUCCCAGGACGCGUCGCUCAACGGCCGUGCCACUUCUACCAAAGACGCUGAGGAACAAUGGCGUGACCGUCAAGGUUCUUUUGACGAAGUAAAAUCAAAAUUACACGUGAAGCAUGAAGGUGCCGCAAAGAGAGAAAGGGCAAUUGUCUAUGCUCAUUUUUAUCAGCAUCGGAGUUCAAAACACAGCGGAAGACCAAGCUGUCCUGCUACAUGUGUUAGAAGCCAUGAGUCUAACAGUUGCAAUCACAACUUGAGUUACUUAGAAGGAUGGAUGGCAACUAAACCAUGGGAAACCAGACUUAUGGAGCGAAAUCAUACCGACUCGCAGUUCGCGAAGAACUGUGAGGAUCUGAACCUGGCUGUAUCUAAGCAUUCUGAUGCUAGCUCGGUGAAAAUCAGAAGGAACAACGUCACAACCAGGGUGGCAGCCAAGCCUCCUUCAGUUCUGUCUGCCUCUUCCGACUUUGUGUAUGAGGAGUGCUCUCCAUCAACAUCCUCAGUGACUCCAGUGUCUGCUACCACCAGCGUCUUAGCAUCAGAAGCAAGAUCAGACAGUGGCCAUGUCAGAGGACCAAACUACAUGAAUUUGACCAAGUCUGCCAAAGCAAGGCUACAUGGUUGCAGCAGCCACAGAGGAUCAUUCCAGAGACAGCGAUCCGGGGACAUACCCAUGGUGUCUCUCUCUCCAAUCGACACCCAAAGCAACGCUAGCUCAGAUAUUUCAGCGACCUCAAAGAGACUGAACAAGGAGAAUGACGAUAUCCUGGCUCCUUGAUCAAUGGGCAACAAAUCUUAACCACAUAUAUAUUUCUUCCAGCUAUCAUCCUAGUUUAUUGUCAGCUGUACACAUCCAAUUCAACAUGCUAGUGGUUUGGCACCCCAAACCAUGACUGAACCGAACCAUUUCAUAAUAUAUAUUAUAACACUCCAAACCACCCCACUCCGCUAUCUUCCAAAAUUAAAUUAAACCAAACUGCAUAAAACAUCUCAACCAAAUUAGACCAGCCCACCUCCGACCCCACAGUUUCAACCCACCUCCAAACCCACUGUUUCAA